ACCGAUUUCCGGUCAGUUGAAAUUUCUAUUUUGACAGCAAGACGGGAUAGUGGUUUUACAGGUGGGUGCUGAUAUCUAUCCUGCCUCAGGGAAGUGUGUUUCCUUUCAGACAGAGAUGUCCAUGCUGUUUCCCUCGCUGUUUCCCCGGUUGACAGAGUCUCUGUGGUUCAACCUGGACCGGCCGUGUGUGGAUGAGACAGAGUUACACCAACAGGAGCAGCAGCACCAGACCUGGUUACAAAGCAUCGCAGAGAAGGACAAUAACCUGAUGCCUAUUGGGAAGCCAAUCUUCGAGCAGACAUUUGACGAGGAGGAAGAGGAGGAGGAUGAGGAUGAGGAAGAUAGUGAAGAAGACUCUGAGGAUGAAGAGGACAUGCAGGACAUAGAUGAGAUGAACGACUACAACGAGUCACCGGAUGACGGCGAGGUCAACGAGGUGGACAUGGAGGGAGCAGACCAAGACCAAGACCAGUGGAUGAUCUAGACCAGAGUAAUCCUCGCUACUCUCUGAUUUCCCCUUAGUAGCUCUUCAGCAGGAUAGGUGCUCAUCUACUCUUCCUGACAGUGUGUCUUGGCUGGUGAACUUUCCCUGCUGUUCACACCCACCAUGGGACACGACAGGGUGAGCUGUGUGAUGGUUUACUGCAUGGAGAAAGUGUGUGUUCUCUCAUUCAGUGUUUUACAGUUGCAAUGUGUGAAGACUGAACUGUAAAAGUUUCUUCAGAUAAGUGGUUUUGCAACAUUAGGAAAAAGAAAGCGGCCUCCACCUCAACCCCCCCUCUGCCAGUUCUGUCCUCCCCAACAGGUCGAGACAGUCAGACCCCUUGUUUAGACUACACACACAUUUAACUCAAGGACAUUGAGUGCGAACUCACUCCCCUCUCUGGUGCUCGUUAUUCUGUUGGAGUGUGUACUUUGACACCCCCCAGCCGCCAGUCAUGUGUCACAUCUGAAUGGGUUCUCUUAAAACCGCUGAAUUGGCAUAAACCACAGCACUUGAGGUGUGUGUGUGUGUGGUGUGUGUGUGUGUGUGUGUGUGUAGCCAACAGAAACCUGGAGAGUAAGAACACGUGCUAUAGAAUGUCAGUAUUCAACAAUUUGUAAAAAGGAACUUAACAGAAGCUCAGUUGUAUGUAAAGUAAAUAACUUUAAUUGGUCAAGUUUCUUAUGUAAAUAAAUAAAAACAAUGUACAGAGAAA